ACAGUGAGUACAGCUGCUGCAAAUCGGGCGUGGGGGCAGCAGACGUGAGGCUAGGAAGUCCGAAGCGUGCAGCUGUCGGGGGCGCGGGGUGAACAUGGAUAAACCCGAAAGUCCGCCGCUGUAGGGUCGAACCGGGCCGCUCCCGAGCCGGAGGACAGGGAGAGACAAUCUCAUAUACCUCCCCUCUGCAAAGACCGAGACGACGGAGGGCUUCCUCCGGUCCCUCCCUGCUGGAAGAUAUGUGGCUGAACCCGGAGGAAGUUCUGCUGAAAAACGCCUUGAAGCUGUGGGUGACCGAGAGGAGCAACGAUUUCUUCCUCUUGCAGAGGAGGAGAGGCCACGGGGAGCCGACAGGCAGGAUCACAGGUCUCCUGGUAGGGGCACUGGAUACAGUGUUGGACUCUAAUGCCAGGGUCACACCUUUCCGCAUCCUCCUCCAGGUUCCCGGCUCCCAGACUAGCUGGGUAAUCGCCAGCGGAGCUGCCAUAGAGGAGGUGAACAAGCACUGGGACUGGCUGGUCCACAACCUGCUUCACUCUCUGUCUGUGUUUGAGAACAAGGAGGAUGUUGCCAGCUUUGUCAAAGGAAAAGUCAAGGGCCUCAUUGCAGAGGAGGUUCGAAGCCGUCAGGCCGCCCAGGAGGAGGACCCUGAAAAGUUCAGGGAGGCGCUGAUGAAGUUUGAAUUGCACUUUGGCCUCCCAUCGUCGGAGAAGCUGGUGACGUACUACUCCUGCUGUUGCUGGAAAGGCCGGGUGCCUCGACAGGGCUUCCUCUUCCUCAGCAUCAACCACAUGUCCUUCUACUCCUUCCUGCUGGGGAAGGAAGUCAAAUUUGUGAUUCCUUGGGCGGAUGUGACACGGUUGGAGCGGGUCUCCACCGGCCUGAUGACAGAGGCGAUCCGGGUCAGCACGCGGCAACGUCAGAGGGAAUUCUCCAUGUUCCUGAGCCUGGACGAGACAUUUGGGGUCAUAGGUCAGCUGGCUGACAUUGCCCUCAGGCGGCUGCUGGACAGCGAAGGCCUGGAGCUGGACCGAGUCCUGCAGCAGCCCGCACGCAUCACCAAAAGGAUCCUAGAGGAGCAGGCACUGAGGGAGUACGUUCUGGCUCUGUUUCGGCUCCCUCGUGGUGAGAAUCUCCAUGAGGUGGCCUCUUGUUCGGUAUGGACGCCACAUGCGCGUUGCCAUACAGCUGGGAGCCUCUAUACCACUGACAGUUAUCUGUGUUUCUCCAGCCGAGAGGAAGGCAACUGCAUCCUGCUCAUACCCCUCUCAGAGGUGUUGUCUAUAGAAAAGGCAGAGAGCACCAGCUUGCUUCCCAACCCCGUCAUAGUGAGCAUUCGGACUAAGAAGGCCUUCCAGCUGAUCGAACUGACUGACAGAAACGAGCUGGUCGAGAGCCUGAACUCCAGACUGCGAGCUCUGCAGUGGAAACAGUCCAUGUUCCGCAGCAGGAAGGACGGCAAGAGGAGUGUGCGCUCCCCGACACCCUACUACACCUUCUACUAUGACACCGGGUACUCUGAUGAAGAGGAGAUAGAGGAGCAGGUUCUGCGUAACACCGUCAACACCGAGGCUCUGAUGACAGCCUUCCACCAAAGCCAACCAGGAACCAACGACAGCAAGAGCAUGGAGCAGGUGAAGGAGCGCCUGUGGGAGGAGCAUUUCUUGGAGUUCGGUCGGGGCGUUCACAUGUUCCGCACAGAGAAGACCCAAAGACUUGUUUCCAUGGGGAUUCCAGAGUCACUUCGAGGGGAGCUGUGGAUGACGCUUUCAGAUGCGACCUCAGAACUAGAGUCUCAUCAGGGUUAUUACGCCAACCUGGUUCAGAAGUCCAUGGGCCAGAGCAACCUGGCUACAGAGGAGAUUGAGCGGGACCUCCACCGCUCUCUGCCAGACCACCCCGCCUUUCAAAACCCCACCGGCAUCGCUGCAUUGAGGCGCGUCCUAACGGCUUAUGCUCACCGCAACCCCAAGAUUGGAUACUGUCAGUCUAUGAACAUCUUGGCGUCGGUGCUGCUGCUCUACGCUAAAGAAGAAGAAGCCUUCUGGCUGCUGGUGGCUGUUUGUGAGAGGAUGCUGCCAGACUACUUCAACCGCAGGGUCAUAGGAGCUCAGGUGGACCAGUCAGUGUUUGAGGAGCUGAUCAGAGAGCGUUUGCCAGAACUGGCUGAACAUGUUCCAGACAUGUCCGCCCUCUCCUCCGUCUCCCUCUCUUGGUUCCUCACCCUCUUCCUCAGCGUCCUACCCUUCCAAAGCGGCGUCUGCGUGGUCGACUGUUUUUUCUUCCAUGGUAUCAAAGCCAUCUUUCAGUUGGGUUUGGCAGUGCUGGAGGCCAACGCUGCGCUGCUCUCUGCCAGCACAGAUGAGGGACAGGCACUUAUGAUUCUCACCAGUUUUCUGGACCAGGUUGGAAUUGAGGAGUCCCCCUGUGUUCCGUCCUCGCCGCCUGCUGCACCGGAGACCAGCAGCAGCAGCAGCAGCAGCAGUGGCACUGAUGUUCCUGCUGUGAGACACACAAACAUCACUGACCUCGUCAAUGAGUCCUACGAGAAAUUCGGAGACCUGACAGUGAGGCAGAUUGAGAGGCUUCGCUGUCGACAUCGAAUCCGAGUGCUGCAGGCUCACGAGGACACCACCAAAGAAAACGCUUUGCGACUGGUGACUCCAGAUGUUUCCAUCUCUCCAGAGAUCUUAGCUGAUGUCUACGACCUCUUCAAGACAGAGCACUUCAUCAGUCUGUACUGGGGUGACAGUAGCUCUGCAGCAGCGGCUGAGGCGGCAGCGUGGCGGCACGGCGACUCUGGCCGCUCCUACCUGGAGCGGCAGUACCGGCUGGAUCGACCCCAGUUCAAGAGCCUCUACGGGCUGCUGGCGCCGUGGCCCGGCGGCUCGAACCAGCACAUGGACACACUGGCCAACCGCACCUUCACCCUGCUGGACCAGGAACACAACAACCUGAUAACCUUUGGAGAGUUUGCCGGCUGGCUUGACACUUUGUACUGUGAAGAGCUGAACGAGAAAAUAAGGCUGCUGUACCGUCUGCACAUCCCACCAGCUUUGACUGAGAGCGAAGAUGACCCCUCUCUGAUGAAGAGCCCCGUGCUGUCCACAAACAGACCCCUCUACGUUAAUCUGCCCUCUGAUGUUCAGGAUGAAGUCAAAGACUACCAGGAGCAGCUGAAGCAGAUGCUACAGGAUCUUGCCAAAGAGAAGGAGAAAGAUGUGGAGAAACCUCUGCCACUCAUGAACCAGCGCGAGUUCAUCCAGUUCUGUAAAACGCUCUACAGCAUGUUCCACGGCGACCCAGAGGAGAACGACCUCUUCCAGGCCAUCGCUACGGUAACCAGUCUCGUGCUGCAGAUCGGAGAGGCCAGCCACCGUGCGCCCAGCUCGGGGUCAGAGGUCACCAGCACCGCGCAGGUGACUGCUGAAGACGCCAGCAGAGGCGGCGGCAGUCUGGCGGCCGAGAUCGAGUGGACGGUCAGCUACGCUCAGAUCCUGGCGUCCCUGCUGACCGAACAGGCGCUGGUGAACUUCUUCGAGAAGCCGCUGGAUCUGUCUGCAAAAAUCAUAGGCGCCAAGGAGAAGCAGUAUCACCAGCGGGUGGGUUUGCUCACGCUGCAACAAGGGACCAGCUGACUGAAAUGUGAACCGUGUACUGUGAGGCACAACACAAGCCAAACGUCUUAUGAAGAAAACCACAAAUAUCAGUAUCAUUUGACACAGUGUAAGGGCUUCAAAUUCAGAAGCCAACGAGCCUUAAAGUUAUCUGUGACAUUUAUACAUCAGUGAUGUGACUGUCGGCAGCCACACUGACACGACUUGUUUCCUGCAACUCAAGAGCCUGUGACUCCCUGACCUACUUUGACCUGUAACUGACAACAGAGGAGCUUUUAUUCCUAAAUAUUUUGAGCCAGAAAGGCAUUUUUCCACCUGCAGAUCUUCGCAGCCGACCUUGCAAUGGUGGACUCAGCUGGUACAAGUAACACUGGUGAAGACAUGGUCAUUUUGUGCUAAAGGCCUGGAGAAAUUGUAGAAACAAGUAUUGGCUUCUUAUGUCACCAUGAGGAUGCCUGCCGUUAAACUGUGCUGUGGACAAGAAAUCUCUCUCCAUUUUCUCCUCAGGCUACUCUUUAUAAAGUAUUUCUACAUUGUGACAAAUUCCUUUGUUAAAGGUUAAUAAAUCAUUUACGUAUUUUUCAUAGAUCAGCUGAGGUUAUGAAACAUCUCAGAUGAUUUAUUCAUAGUUAUGGGUAAAGCCAGAGUUAGUAACUUUUAAUUGAAAUUACAAGAAAGUUAAUGAGGGUUUUUCCAACUCCUUCUCAAAGUUGUUACUUUUACUAAGUUACUAAUAAAUGAAAUCUUAUCCAGACUUUCAUGUUUCCAGAAGGUCAGAGAUCGAAUUGGAGCAGAUGAUGUAAAAAGACAAACGAGUGUCCUGCUGGAGAAGGAUGAAUUAUCACCAGAGAGAUGUUCACAACCUGGCAACCCUACAUUUGUUUCUAUUAAUUCCUUAUGGCUGAUCUUUGAAGCACUAGUAAAUGACCGAAGCACUAAUGAAGCCGUUACUACAACAGUAUGAAACCCUUUAUAAAGGUUGCCUGAUAAGCAGGUUGUAGCAGCACUCCCUCAUGGUGCAGCAUUAAUGCAAAUCUCGCAUGCCUUCAGUGUUCUUUUCUUAGUGAUUUUAUAACUUCUAUUUCUUUAAUAUUACGUUUUCACCUGCAAGCACCUUUUUUUAAAAAAAACCUUUUUUCAAAUUACAGAGAAAUAAUCCACAGUGAUCUCAAACAACUGCAGAAAAACACACUGUUGAAAGUGAAUAAAAGAUAUUGCACAAA